UCAUUCAUCGGUUAUAUUCAAGCUCAGACCUUACCGCAAAUAGGUGAAUGGUUACGUUAUUCUCCAACUGAUGUCUCAAAGUUAAUCAAAGAACCUUUGCACAAGCCAACUCCCGAUAUUUCUACUCAUACCAAACCAGUUUUACCAUGGAGUUUUCCUAUAAUUCGAAUUAAAGAUAUAAGUGAUAAAUUUCAGUUAGAAAAAGGAUGGGCGCUCAAGAGUAACCAGAAAUAUGGUCAACGGGGUAGUGGAAAGCGUAUAACAAUAACCGUAAAAGCUUAUUUGGAAGGGUUUUUUUUGGCAGGGAAUGUGAAUAAAACAGAUCGAAUGUCUGCAAAAGAUAUGGUUACAGAGCUAAAAAAAUUAGCAGAAGAAGGUGAAAUUCAAAAUGACGAGGUGCCAGAAAUAAAAACAAUUGAAGGAUGGAUAACAAGAUAUUCGGCAAGCUUGCGCAAAGAAUCAGCAGAGCAAAGAGUAAUAAGUGAAACUAAUAAAAGACUUGAAAAAGAAGAUAGUAAUAAUAAAAGUAGUCAUAAGCGGCAGAAAAGAUAA